AAACAAGCGCUAGCACCAUUUCGGCGUGUUAGCAUUUUAGCUAAUUAAACUUUAUCCUUUUCUUUUUAGCAUAUUACUCUGCGCUCAGUAGUUUUAUAUUUUUAGUUUAAAUAUAUCGUUUAAGUUGACCUACGAGUCAAAUGGCAGGAAAGAAAAAGGAGGCAACGCUGCAGGCUUCCGUCACAAACCAAGAGCAGUGGGAAGAGAUGCUUGCAACCAAAGGUUUAACAGUCGUAGAUGUGUAUCAGCAAUGGUGUGGUCCCUGUCGUGCUGUGGUUAGUCUCCUGCGAAAAAUAAAGAAUGAACUGGGUGAUGACUUGCUUCAUUUUGCCACAGCUGAAGCAGACAGCAUUGAUGUUUUGGAGAGGUAUCGAGGGAAAUGUGAACCCACCUUCCUCUUCUAUGGGGGUGGGGAGCUGGUGGCUGUACUGCGUGGGGCAAAUGCUCCCAUGCUUCAGAGGAUGAUUGUGGAGGAGCUAGCCAAAGAGAAGCUGGUCCUGGAGCAAGGUGUUGAACGGAAAGUGGUGAAAGACAAUGGUUUGACAGAUGAGGAGAACAAAGAAGAGGAGGAGUUGCCACAGCAUUUAGAAAAUGAAGAAAGUGUAAUUGUCCCUGCCAGUAAAUCCUACACAGUUGCCAUCAUUAAACCAGACGCCGUUGCUCACGGCAAGGCAAAUGAGAUUAUUAUGAAGAUUCAGGAUGCUGGCUUUGAGAUCCUGGCGCAUGAGGAACGCACGCUAACGGAGGCUGAAGCUCGAGAUUUUUACCAACACAAAGCAGCAGAGGCGUGCUUUGAGGAUUUGGUGCAGUUUAUGUCCAGUGGUCCCUUCCAUAUUCUAGUACUCUCUCAGGUAGAGGGAUCUGCAGCAGUUGUACCGGCAUGGCGUGAGUUUAUUGGCCCAGCAGACAUAGAAGAAGCCAAGAGAGAAAAUCCAGAAAGCUUGCGGGCACAAUACGGCACAGAGACACUGUUCAACGCAGUGCACGGUAGUGAGGACAGCGACCAGGCCAGCAGGGAGCUCGCCUUCUUCUUCCCCAACUUUCGGACGGCCUCAGUAAUGGAGCAGGAUGGGGAGGAAGAGCAUGUGGAGAGGACACUGGCUCUCAUCCGCCCCGACGUUGCCAGGGAGAACAGAGAAGAGAUUUUAGAUCACAUCCACAAGUCUGGCUUUAUAAUAGCACUUCAAAAAGAGGUGAUGCUGUCAGAGGAGCAGGUCAGACAGUUUUACGGUCAACGUGUUGAGGAGGACUACUUCCCUGCACUGCUCCAAACCAUGACCAGUGGGCCGGUGCUGGCUUUGGCUCUUGCCAGAAAAGGGGCUGUAAGUCAUUGGAAAACCAUCCUCGGUCCUUCUGACAUCAAUAAAGCCAAAGAGGAGAGUCCAGACUGUCUAAGGGCCCAGUUUGCAGUGGAAAAUAAGCCUAUCAACCAGCUCCACGGCAGUGGAAGCCACGAAGAGGCAGAGCAAGAGAUCAGCUUCUUCUUCCCUAAACAACAGACUCUGGCAGUGAUCAAGCCAGAUGCAAUGGAGGAACACAGAGAGGCUAUUUUGGAGGAGAUUCGUGGCCGAGGUUUCUCUGUAACAAGGCUAAAGGAGACCGUGCUGUCAAGGGAGAUGGCUGAGGAGUUUUACAAAGAGCACAGAGAGAAGCCUUUCUUUAACCAGCUGGUGGAGUUUAUGUGUUGGGCGCCCUGUAUGAUGCUUGUCCUCACUAAGGAAAAUGCGGUGGAGGAGUGGAGGGCCAUGAUGGGUCCCACAGACCCGAACAAGGCAAAGGAAGCGUCCCCAGAGUCUCUGAGGGCUCGCUUUGCUGCUGACAUCCUCCAUAACUCAGUUCAUGGUUCUUCCAACGAGCAGCACGCGGAGGAAAAGAUCCGUUUUAUCUUCGGUGACAUCAGCACAGAUGCGGAGCUCACCAGUGACGAUCCCAUUUCAGAUGACCUACAAACAGGAGGAAGCAUCGAUCCAGAGCUCUCAAACUGAAUCAUCACACCUUGUGUUUUCUCUUCUAUUAUAAGCUUAAUGUGUAAAAUCGUGGGAACAACAGAGCGCCUGUCAUUCUAUGAAUCAUGAAAUAAACACGACAAAUAUAUAUCAGACUUUUUACACCUUUUGUAGGUGGCGUAUCAAGACGGCACAUUCAAGAAACACUGUAGACGUGGAGUCGUGUUCGCUUAAUACCGCCGUCGACAGUUUGAUGGCUCUCUCAGCUCACAUCAGCAGCCGCGGGCUACGUGACUAAAACCAGGAUAGUACAAUCACCAAAAAGCGACUGACAAUUUCAGUGUUCACAGAAUCCUUUAGUGAGUACACUGUGCCACUAUCAGUACCUUAGGUUGUCUCCUGUAAUUUACUACCACAGUGCUGUGAUAAUAUUAACAAUAUGAAGGUAGUAUAAAGAGUGUUACUCCUGUUUAUGCAAGGGGUGAGUACAGGGGACCGUAACAGAGCAAUUAGGCUCAAGUUUUUUCCUUUUACCGUAAUUAUUGCGGGAUAUUGCUUUAGCAAUAGGACAUAAAUUACACACUGAAGCUACCUUAAUGAGGUGCAUGAAUAAAGAAAAUAUCUAACAGCUCUAAAAAGCUACAUAAUUGUUAGUAUUAGGUAUUCCUUUCAGAUCAUUUGAAAAAGGAUUUCAGAAUUCAACCACCUGGCAACCUCCAGGACUGAAAAAUGAAGGCAACAUGGAAAAGGAAAAAAAACUGCAGUUCCUUUUGAGGCUUGUCCUCCCUCUUAAGAGUGGCUCCAAAAGUAAAUCAAUCCCCAUAGCCUCUCAUGUUAAAAUUGCUGAUUUCAGCCAAUUAAAUAACAUGCUUUCAUCCUGGUAUGAAAAAUUGGUGUCUGGUGGCCUGUCCUGGGUGUACACCUCCACUCACCAUAUGACAACCUGGAUAGGCUUCAGCCCACCCACAACCCUGAGUAGGAUGAUCUGUUAAGAAAAUGAAUAAAGAACUAAUGUCCCUGUUCAUAGUAAAUGCACAAGGGCAGUGAGAAACUAAGGUUAAACUCACCCAUUUAGGGACUGUUAAAGCUUAAAAUUAGGGGCAUGGCUACUUUUACUAACAGACAGGCCAACAUAUGCUGCUUCCAGUUUGUAG